UUUCAGCAGGGCAGACAUGUCAAAGAAGGGACAGCUUAUGGAGGUGCUGAAAAAGGAGGUGAGAUCGCUGCUAAUGGCUGCCAAGGAGGGCUUAACCCCAGCUCAGCUGGAGCAUGAGUACAUGGCCAUGAUUGGUAGACCUCUCCCUGUACGUGACCUGGGCUACCAGUCCACUUUGGAGCUGGUGGCAGAUAUGCCUGAAGUUGUCAGAAUCUGUCCUUAUGAGAAAGGCACUUUUAUCCUCAAAGCUAUUGCAGAUGAGACCACCAAAGCAAUUGCCAAACUGGUUGCCAGACAGAGGAGAAGUGCUAAGGAACGGAAGGGUGCUGCUGUGAGGGCAGAUGCUAUUUCUCCCCGUAAGAAUCCACAGAGUUUCCCUUGGAGGGGCAAGGCUGCCAUCCUGCCAGCGGCGGUGAAGGCUGAGGUGCAGGAUCUGCUGAGUUCCUCACCGCUUCUGCUGUUGGACUUUCAUAAUGCCUUCUUCAGACGCUUUGGCCGGGCGUUUGAGUACACACAGUAUGGAUUUUUCUCCAUGUUUGAAGUCCUGAGAAGUGUGUCUGAUAUCGUUGUGGUUGAGCAGACAAAAGCAGGUUCCUUGUUGACCCUGAAGAAGCAUCUGGCAAGUGAGAUAAAGAAGGAAGAGAUGCCACAAGCACCUGCAGUUGAGAUGCCUCCUUUGGAACCCAUCUGUGAAACAGAGAGCUGCUACUUGACAGCAGAAGAGAAGUCAGAGCCAGUGGAAACACAAGCAGUAGAUUUAGGUGAUGGCCUCAAACAAAGAGAGAAUGUGAAAAUGAACGCUGCUGUCACAGGGGAAGUUUUAAUCCCAACUCAAGAUUUGGAGCAGUCCCUGCUAGACAAGUUGAUAAUGACUCCAGAAAUCCCCCCAGAUGCUGUUCAGGACAGAAGCCUUUGCAGUUUACCACCACUGGAGAGAAGGUGCUUGGUGGGAGUCUUUGUGGAAAUAAUUGUCUCUCCUAGCCAGUUCUACGUCCACAUCUGCAGCAGGGAAACAUCUGAUAAACUGCAGGAUAUGAUGGUUGAGAUGAGACACUGUUACUCAAAUAAACUUGUUUCUGAUCGUUAUAUCAUGCCUGAGUCUUCAGUACAGCCUGGACAGCUUUGCUGUGUAACAAUCUCUAAAUGGUGGUACCGCGUUAUCAUCCACCGUGUGAUCAAUGACAAAGAUGUAGAGGUGUUCUACCCAGAUUACGGAAACCUCGAAAUUGUCCGAAAGUCUUGGCUGAGAUUCCUCAAGUGGUGCUUCUUGAAGCUUCCUGCUCAGGCCAUCCCAUGUUCCUUGGCAUGGGUAAAACCCAUGGAGGAUACGUGGUCCAAUGCAGCAACUCUCCUGUUCAAGAACCUGUGUAGUUCCAAGCUACUUGUGGGCAUUGUGGAUGAAUAUGUCAAUGGUGUUUUGCAUCUUUUCCUGUGUGACACAUCCACUAAGGAGGAUGUCUACUUCCACUGUGUCUUGAAGGAUAAAGGAUAUGCUGACAUCUGCGGAGAGAACAUUCCUUCUGAGGGAUUCAAGGAACUGAAUCCUUUGGCCUUGUAUGUUCAGCCCAGUGAGAAGUGGGAGAAUGCUGAACUGGUGGAACCAGACCUUUGCUUGCAGCAGGAGUCUCUAGAUGCAGAUAGUGCAACAGCAACCUCAAAACUGGGUGGGGAUGAACUGUGUGAUCAGCAAUGGCACCUGUCUGACAAGGACGAGACACAGGAUGAUGUGCAGCCAUUUUUGGAUAAAGUGACUGUCCCAGGAACAACAGACCAAGACACUGAACUUGCACAGGAGGAUACAGGUGAAACUUCUACAGAUCCUGUGGCAGUGGUUAAGACACCUCAUUGUCUUGAAGAGUCCUCAAAGCCUGCUGUCCUAUUCAAGUCAGUGGAAGACUCUUACACCUCCUAUAUGUACUCCAAGGAACCAGGAGGAAUGAGCCAAGAUAAGCCUGAUCAGAUAGAAAGAUUUUCCAACAAUCUCCAACUUCGUGAAGCUGUACAUCCUUCUGUUCUGCUUAUGGCAAUACCGUUUAUGGACAACCAUAACAAUGAAGAGCAAAUGAAGAGCAAAGACCAUCCUGGGAGUCUUGCAGUUAGCCUGUGCUUUGCCAGUGGGCUGUCUGACGUGGGGCUGUCUCGGAAACUCUAUGUGCCUCCUACAACGCUACCUGCAGUGCUGGCAGCUGCACGCUUAGCCUCUUCCAGUAACUACUUCCACUGGCUCCCCAGCCUGAGAAAAAAGGUGUGAGAAGAGGGGAGAAGCUGGAGCCGCUGCUGAGGGCAGCAAAGGCCCUCUCUGUGACUGUGCUGUCAUUUUCUUUGUUCAGAAAUGUUUAAUCCCUUGAAAAUCUUGGAGUCUUACAUCUUUUCAUAUGUGCCCGGUACAUGUGAUAAAUGUUACUUUUACUGUUAGGAAAGUAGUUUGGUUUUGUUGUGCUGGUUUACUGCUCUUUAAUGGUUCAGGAGAACAGUUAAGUGUCACAUUAUGUUAUAUAUCCUUUAAGUUUAGGAGACGGAAACUAACUGACUGUCCCUCCCUCCUUCAGCACAUGAGCAGUUUGACAUUGUGCGCGGAGAGAUGUUUUUGGUUUUUAACACAACGGAUGCUCUACGCGCUCCUUGCUGUUAGAAGAGCUGGUUGUAUCCCAGCUCAAGCCUCAGUCUAUGGAGGUGCUGGUAACUUGCAAGAGGAAACCUUUCCCAAGAAGAAGAUGCUCUGAUUUGUUGGUGAAUUAUGAUGCCCCUCAUACAAGGCAUCAGGAAUCCCAUGUUACAGAUACUGAAUGAAAUCUCUGAAAAAUCCAGAGAAAGAAAGCUUUAUGUUGGCCAUGUUUAUGUAGAUCCUUGCCUGUGGCAAGAAAUCCUCUUGGGCUUGAGUUUGUUAAUGCAGAGAAGAGCUGUGGAAAUAGAAGUGCCCUGGUUAUGAAUGCUGGUGUUCAGCUGGUUUGCUGGUGCCCAGACUGUUCCUCACGUCUUCAGGGGCUCCAAGGACCAUUUUGUACCCACUUGCAAACAUGCCAGAGGUAUGCUCCACUGCAGACCACCAAGUAAAGCUCAAGAGAGGGUUCAACAUUAAUACUGCAGUGGAUAAAAGACCAGCAUAAGAAGUUUAUUGUUUGGAUUUGAUCUUUAAAGCUCUCUUCCAACCCAAA